CGAGUUGGCCUUCUCCUCUUCCUCUCCCUGGCCAGCGCUUAUUCUUCCCGUUCCCCUCCCCUCGGCUUUCCCAGGCCUCCUCGUCCCCUGAACUCUUCCUUCGGCUCCAACGCACUGCUUCCCGUUCCGCGAUCCCUGCAAUUCGUCGCUGAUGGGCCUUCUGAUUGUAGGCACAUCGGAGCUCUAGCUAUCCCUGGAAGUGGAAAGACUCAUCGAUGCAGCCAUCCUCGCGUAGCCGAAUCAGCAUGUUGCGCAGGCCGUUGGUCUGCUCCCGGCUCUACUGACGCGGGCAACCUCGGACGCGCCGCUCUGCUCCGGGCUUCCUCGCGCUGGCGUCCUCAGACGCACAAGACGCAUCCAUCACCGUCGCGGCCCGAUUCCGGUGUAACGGCCGUGCCUGAUGCGGCCAUACCUGCGAAGCCAAGCGAGUACGUGUGCGCACGCGUUGCUCUGCUCCAGGCCCUCCUCGCCUCGACGGUCUCAGACGUACCAAGACCAUCCCUGUUGCGGCCACGUUUCCAGCGGAUGAGUUCGGGAAGGAGAACAUCGCUGGCCUCACAAAUGCCCUCUUUAUGUCGCUAUGAACACCCGCAAGCCCAACUAAAAAAGAGCAUGAGCAUCUCUUCUCCUUGCGAUUGGCCCGUCAGGCCGUCAGUGCAUGCACUUAUUAGCUGUUGUAUUUUUGGAUUUGUGAUGGUGAUUUGGAGGAUUAAUCUUCUGUAUUUUUUGAUGGAUUUCCAUGGUCUGCACAGCUCCGAAGAAGAUCAGUACCAAUGUUCCGAGGUGCUUGCUAGCUUGAACUUGGCGAGAACGGCGACCUACGGACUACAACAACAACGCUUCUGCAGUUUAAGGUCAAGUGCUCCUGUGUUGAUCUUCAGUUUGUUAUUUUCCUACGAAGAUGUACAUGCUGGAACACUGUGCAGCCCAAUUCCAUGUUGUUCUCCGGAUAAGUAUAAAUGACUGAGAAUGAAUUAGCGCUUCUUGAUGUGCAGCCUAAUCCUAAUUCUGAUUUCAUAUAAAACCAUCUGGCAGGUUUGGUACGUACGAGCCCCAUCUUUUACAAAAUUUUGAUUUUUAUCUGCACUACACAUGCAUUGCAUUGCAUUCUGCAUAUCUUAGAUAGCCAAAUCAUGUUAUUUCUUAUGUGUGCUACACAGCCUAACAGAUAAUCUUGCAGCACCCAUACGAACUUUCUUAAACAUUGGGUUAAUUUUCUGAAAAAAAUAUUGGGCAAUUAUUCUCCUUCUGCAUGGAAAAAAUAAAUAGAUUAAUUGACUUCACAAAGUAACAAUUUGGUCCACUGUUUACAUAAAUUUAAUUGUUACUACUACUCGUAUUUCCAUUGUAGGAAUCAUAUGCAUGGGUCCUCUCACACAGGUGAUUUCUUUUGUUGGGAAUAAAAGAAACAUGUGAUAUGUUAAUGGUUACACCAAUACAUCCUGUAUAUCAGGGUUGUGACCUUUCAUCGCAAAGUUGAUCAAAGUUUUCAUUAUUGAGUACAUACAAUAGCUGAUUCAUCGUAUGCUUCCACCCAUUAGUUUGUAAACACUUUCUCUCAGCGCCCGAGAUGGCUUAUGAGAAUGUUACUUCUUUUCAUAGUGGAACACUUGAGGAGGGUUACUAAAUUGCUUCAUGUAUCUAUAUUACAUGUUAUGUAAAUCUUUUUCCCUUGAAAAAAUAGUUCUAUAAGCCCAAA